UGUGCAAACUGUUCCAUAAAUGCAAAAAGGUCAAUCUUAUAGCAAUAAAAAAAAUAGCAAAAAUAUGCAAAUAAUAGGAAUGUAAACAACCUACUGUGUUUAUUGAGAGUAGUGAUGUUUUAGAGUCUUACAGCAGCUGGGAGGAAGGACCUACCAUAAUGCUCCUUUGUGAAUCUUGGAUGGCGCAGUCAGAAGGAGUGGCACAGUUCUGUUCCAGCUGCAUGAAUGAGAUGAAAGAAGUGGUAAGAAUAUCCACUUCUGAACAAAUUCUAUAAAAACAGAGCUGUACAAAAACAAUGCAUAAUUUAUUACUUUAUCCAUACUUAAAAUUACCAAACAUUCAACAAUUAUGAAGGUUUGUACUGUUCAAAUGUCAGUUUUGUUACUUUAUGUUACUGUUUUCACUAAGUAAAGAAAUGCCACCACAAACAGUUGUUCCAAAAUGUUGGGUAGUUGGGAAUGUCUUUUUUUUUUUAAGAUCAGUAUUGAAUACGUGAUUUACCAAAAUAUUCACUUUCAUGCAUUGUUUGUUUUUGAGCACAAUCUGAUUUAAAAUUAACUGGCCUCUUGACUCAUCAUUAAGUACAAAGUGUACACUUAAAAAUGCUACAGGUACAGAUAAUUUUUUUUUCAGCUUUUUUUAGGUUAAAUCUUGAUCAAACUUCCAAACACUGAAUAAUUAUCAGAGCUUUUGUCCUUCAAAUGUCACUUUUAUUACAUUAUGCUAAAGAAAACACUUAAAAAUGUUUUCUGUUUUUUUCAUAUAACAAAUCUAAGAACAAAAAAGCCCCAUUGACUCCUAUUGAAACUACAAUCUCUAAUCCCCACAGCUGUUUCAGAAUAAUAUUCUGAAAUAUCUGAAUAAGAUUAUAUUAUAAUCAUACAUUAUAAGCUAUUAGGGUUUAAUUUUUGAGAAAAGUAGUACAUUUUGUCUGUGUAAUUUUCCUGUAAUAUUUACAGAAAAUACAGAAAGUAGGCUGUCUAUUGUUUUAACUUCUGAUUGAGAUGAAUCUGUUGCUAAGUGACAGACUCAGUCACUAUGUAGAAAGCAAGCAAUAAUUUAAUCAGCAGCAAAGUGGCUGUAGGGAUAAAGGAAACACCAAGGAUUCCAUCCUAUGUUAAGAAUCAGAGAUUAGAAAAGCACAAACAAAUAAAGACGCUGUUACAGUUUAUUCUUAGAUGCCAAGAAAGCUUAUGACCAGGUGCUCAAAGAAGAACAUUUUAUUGAAAAUAAUGGACAGACGGAUGUUAAGCUUUUGUGAUCCAUGUUUUGAUGCAAUGUGUGGGUUGACCAGCUUUUUUCCCCAAAAACCAGGAAACCCCGACCUUGAUGUAGAGCCGCUGUAGUCGUACAACUUGUCUUCUUUUUUUCUGUUUCUCCUUUCACUUCUCAGUAUUCAGAUGAUUUAUGUUUUCCCUCCAACUUUAGGCUGAACUUUAAUCCUGCAUUCCUUCUGUUCAGUCAUCUGUCCAACAGAUUCGCUGAUAAUAAUAAAUUUAAAUCUUCUGGCCAGAAUCUGCUGAAAUGUGGAUUUUUGAACAUCCCAACAGAUAUAAAAUUAUAUAGACUGGGCUCUCAGGACCUGAAUUUACUCAGCAAAAGAUGAAUGUUGACAAUAUGUAUUUUAGUAAAAUGAAUAGGACAAAAACUGCAAAGUUGGCAGUAGCUAUGGUAAUGUUCCCAUUAAAGAUAGAUGGUUCUCCCUGUUUAAUGCAGAAGUAAAACAUUUUACUUGUAGGAUUGUUCAAGAUGGACCCAUGACUCAGCUCGUCUCAGAAUCUCAAAUCACUUCAAGCUGUAAAGCGAUGCAGGUGAAUGUAUAGCCUGCUUUUGUUGGACUAGACUCAGUUAUUCUUAGAAACUUCAGUACUUUGCAUUUUCUGCUUGUAUUUACUUUUAAUUUGUUCUUUUUUUUGUACAGCACUUCAAGUCUAAUUUUGUUGCUUUUUUAUGUGCUUCAAAAUAAAAAUGUAUUUAAUUUAAUUUGACUUAUUUUAAGACAUAAGAGAUCUGAAAAAUAAAAUCACGUCUGAUGUCUGUACAGUAUCAGCUGAUGAUAAUAAGCUGCUGUUUCAGAAGGUAAUAUUACUGUCCCCUGAGUGAUUCGUGUAAACUUCUGUAAAUGUGCUUCUUCCAGCUUCUCUACUGUAAAGGACAUCUUCCAAUAAUAAUAGAGUCCAGCAGGAGGGGUGGGAAACAGCGCCAUCUGCUGGGCAUGGUUGUUUAAUUCACUUCAAUUGAAGAGAAUAAAUUAGCGGUUAAUGCAGACUUUUAGCCAUCCCGGAUCUCUGGACAUAUUUUAUUUUUACUUUUUCGCUAAAUUUGGCUGUGUUGGCAUAAAUAAAAAAAUGACAACAAAUGCAAACCGUUGAUCAGGAUGUUUUUUUAGAGGGUGAGUAUUAUUUCUUAUUUAUUUACUUACUUAUUUAAAUCUUUGCUAUGCUUUUCAUGGAGCAAUCUGUGUCUCUUCAGCCCUUUAUGUCUGACUGACUUGCAUUACUUUGGAUUACAAGUAAUGCAACUGCUACUGAAAUAAAUGCAUUUCAGUAGCAUUGAAAUGUAUUGAUUUAUUUACAUCCCUUCAAAGUACGUUUUUGUCUACAAACUGGGAAGCAUUAUCUAAUAUCUCACAUUAUUAGUGUCAAAAAAGAUAAUUGAUAUGUGAAUAUUAAAGAUUUAAAAAAUGUUAGAAAAUAUACUGUACUCUGGUAAGUUCUUUGGUAUUAAGAAAGGGUAUUUUCUUGUCUCCAAAGGGCUCUUUAUCCAAUAUAUAAAAAUAAACAUAAAAGAUAAAUUGAUUAAAAUUAGUGUUGAUGUGAGUUUUUGAUCCCAGAAUAUUUUCCACAGGUUGAUGUUUUUGACGGGACAUUACAAGUUAUCCAUUCAUUCUGCAGUUUACUUAUUAAAUAAAACUCCAUGUGGCUGAAUCUACCCAUUUGUGUCUGUUCUUAGCAUCCCAGUUGAACUCCCACUAUGCUGCAUAUUUUAAAGUCUUUAGACUUAAAGGAAGAAUAUGCAGUUUUCUCAGGUAAAUCAUUUCUGUGUUGUUCAAAGAAAGCUGGUGAAGCGUCAUCUCACUGUUUGGCUGUUUAUGUGUUAACAGGCUUUUUAACAACUUCAGCCAAUCAAAUAAGGCCCAACUCUGCUGCAUGCAAAUACAUUUGGUCCACUGCUGUUCAGGUUCUGGCUUCUGGGGAUCACUGCUUGCAAUCAGCCGAUCUCUGCGCUUGUGCUGGUCCUCACUCAGUCACCUUUACCUCAACUUAAAAAUGACAACUUCAGGGAUGCAAAAGGGUAGUCCUCUGACGCUGGUGCUCAUGGUUGCCUCUGCGGCCAUCGGAGGAACUCUGCAGUACGGCUACAACCUGGCCAUAAUGAAUGCUCCAACAACUUUCAUUCAAACCUUCAUCAAUGAGACUUUCCUGCAACGCUGGGACAUCCAGCUGGAGGACUACCAGGUGACUCUGGUGUGGACAAUCAUUGUCUCCAUCUUCUCGUUGGGGGGAUUUGCUGGAGCGCUCAUCGCGGGACCAAUGACCAUCCGCUUUGGGAGGAAAAAAUGUCUGCUGCUGAACAAUGUUUUUCUCAUGAGCGGUGCUCUGUUGGCCCUCACAAGCCGAGCUGCCGGGUCGUUCGAGAUGAUCAUGCUCUCACGUGUCCUGAUUGGAAUAAACGCUGGAAUCAGCAUGAAUGUACAACCCAUGUAUUUUGGAGAAAGUGCACCAAAGCACUUGAGAGGAGCCAUCUCUCUGUCAUCGGCUGUUUUCACUGCUUUCGGUGUCGUCCUGGGGCAGAUUGUUGGUCUCAGGGAGAUUUUGGGGUGUGAGUCAUGCUGGCAGUAUCUGCUAGCCAGUAAUGCUAUUCCUGGCUUCAUCCAGCUUCUGACCCUGCCGUGGUUUCCAGAGAGUCCCAGAUACCUGCUUAUCGACAGAGGGGACAAAGAGGCUUGUAUUAAUGCUCUGCGUCGUCUCCGAGGCUGUGAGGUUGAGAGUACUGAGCUCGAUGAGAUCCUGCAGGAACAGGCAGAAACUAAAGGCAUGAGACCAAGGCGGCCAUGGGAGCUUUUCACUGAUCGCUCUGUGCGCUGGCAGCUCAUCUCUGUCAUCAUCAUCAGCAGUGCCAUGCAGCUCUGUGGAAACGACUCGAUUUACUUCUAUGCAUCUUACGUGUUUAAAGAGGCCGGCAUAUCUGAAGAGCAAAUUCAGUAUGUCACAAUCGGCACUGGGACUUAUGAGUUCACAGCGUGUAUUAUGUGUAAUCUGCUGGUUGAGCGUAAAGGUCGGAGGUUCAUGUUGAUGGGAGGAUUCCUCCUCAUGACCAUCUGGGCCAUCGUCUUCACCAUCGCUCUGUCAUUUGAGACAGCAAUGUCUUACCUGAGCAUGGCCUGCAUCUUCACCUAUAUCCUCAGCUUUGGGAUGGGACCAGCUGGAGUAACCGGCGUUCUUCCCACUGAGAUCUUCAAUCAGGCGGCGCGGCCAGCUGCAUACAUGAUUGCUGGCUCCAUGAUGUGGCUCAACCUGUUCAUCGUUGGGAUGAUCUUCCCAUUUCUGGUGAGUGGACUGAGUGAAUACUGCUUUGUGCCUUUCGGAGCCAUCUGCCUGUCGUCUGCUCUGUACAUCGGCCUGUUUUUACCAGAGACGAAGGGAAAAUCUCUGUCAGUCAUCACAAGUGAAUUCCACAGGAUGAACUUCAAAAGCCAAAAUGACAGAAGUUUGGAAUUACAGACUCAAUAUAGGCUGGGCGAAGUGUGUCUUUCCACGGCCUUAUAGGCAGACUAUUUAAUGCUG